AUGGCUGAAACAAUGGAGAACAUUAAGUCGUCGAUUUCGCGCUGGUGGGCAGCGGUCACUGCCGACAAAUUGCCGAAGCCAAACCCCGCACGAAUGGUCACCGUGGAGGAAUUGCCAAUGUAUCCAGACGAGAAGCCACAUUAUCUGGAAGUGAGGGAGCAGCAGCCGUUGCCUAUGCAAUCGGAACUGGCAUCAUUGCGACGAGCUGCUACACAACGUUUUGGCAAUUUAGGGGAAUCUUAUCAUAACAUUGAAGAGAAAUCCAAGAAGGCAUUUAGUGCGACACACGAAUUCAGUGAGCGGUUACGUGAAGAUUAUGGUACGUUACCAAAAGCGGCUGCAAUCACUGUUGGCGGCCUUACUGGUUUCAUCCUGGGUAUGAAAAGGUCGGUGUUUCGCCGAUUUCUGUAUGCUGGGAUGGGCUUGUUCACGAUGAGCGCAUUUUGCUAUCCAUAUGAAACAGUAGCAAUUGUUCGUACCGCAGUUGAGCACUCGAAAAUGACCUGGGACAAUUUUGCACGUUGUGAGUUUCAUUCAUGUACUAAUUUGUUAAAAAAGCGACCGAAAUGUAACUGUGUUUCUUUGGAUGAAUGA